UAUAACCGGAAAUGCCUUAAAAGACACCGGAAGUGUACAAAAGCACCGAAGCAGAAGAAAUAUAAAAGAAAGAAAAGAAGUGUCUAAGACAAAAUUGACAAGUACACAAUAUAUUGUUAGUUACAGAUCAACAGACGAUAGGAAUGGCUUCUUGUUUAGUUGUUACAGCAGUUUUACUUGUGUUAAUCACGACUGUAGCUACGAUUGUGUGCUUUGCAAUGCCAAACUGGUUACAUUUUGUCAACAAACAAGACACCUUAUGCCAUUGUGUAUCAGCUAACUGUGACUGCGGUCUGUGGAUCAGUUGUCUUGGCGGACCUGCUACAUCUGGGAUACUAGAUAAUUGCAAAUGGUUCUUUUCAGACAAUUUCCAAAUUGAAAAAGAUCUCCCAGACUGGUUUAAAGCUGUACAGGGAUUGAUGUCAUGUGCUGUUGCUUCCUCCAUGCUGGCUCUUUUGAUUGGUCUAUUGUCAUUGUGUAACGUCUGUAAAGGAUGUAAUGCUCACCAGGCGGCUGGAGCGUUCGCUAACCUCACUUUUCUGUUGAUUGCUGUUUCGGUUUGUGUGUUUGGUGCUAAAGCCUACCUCGAUCAUGAAGCUGAAGUUCUGACCAAAGAAAGUUCAACAGGGAACCAGUUAAUCUACGGCUGGGGAUUCUGGGUAGCUGUAGGUGCUGGCGUGUUUUCUCUAUUGUCGAGUGUAAUAUAUUAUUGUGUUGGACAUGCAAGUAGGAACUAUGAUGAAUGCUAAAAAUAGAAUUUACAUUAACUUAUAUUGAAAGUAGGUCAUGAUGACUACAUUUCAGCAGCAAUUCUUUAAUGGCAAAUGCAGAAGGUCUAACAAUUCUCAUGUUACUAUGCCUCUGUCUUUAGAUCUUUUAUGAGCAAAGGUGGUGCUUUUAUAUGUAAUAAUAAUCUCUUAAGAAAACUUUAAAUCCAGUCUAACUAUUAUUUUUUGGCUU